AUGAUUCAGUUCAUCAAUAGGAUUGAGCAAUAUGAUAUGACGAUACAGGCUGUUUGGUCAGAAAAUCUCCCUAACAAUUUAUUUCUAUUUCUUCAACUUUCAUUUUUAGGAGGAAAUCCUGACAUUAUGAGUGAAUGUUUGAAAUGUCACAAGCCAGAUAAGGAAUGCAUGGAAUAUGCAAUCAUGUCUCACAACAUAGAUUUCGUUACAUUUCUCAUGAACGAACAUGAAAUUCCAAUCGAUGUAGACGAUUGCAUAAGAUAUGAUAAUAUCCAAGCAUUUUUAAUUCACUAUGAUCAAACGAAUGAUAUCAAAUGA